AUGAACGGAAGUGAUUGUGACGAAAAUGGGGCGGGUACGUUCCUGAUGCCUCUGAAAAAGAAGAGAUGUCCGAGGGAAUCGGAAGAAGAAAGCUGUCCGCCCGAGCGGCGUGCUCGGUUUGAAGAUUCGGUAGAGUGGAAGUGGACCAAGUGUACAAGCGAAGGCUUGUUCCGGACGCUGGGCCGGUACUACGACGAGACGUGGUUCCCGACCGCGGUCAACGAGUGGUGUCAGCUGUACUACCGGUGCAACCAUGUGGCCGACUACUGGCAGCACCGAGACGAGUGGCUGGCCGGCGACGAGGAAAUCCGGCUGGCCGUGUGGGCUGAAGUACUUAAGCACCGAGACCAACAUGACGCGGAACAGGCAGAACAAUGCGACACCGACCUGAUGUACGUCGACGACCGAGUAGACGCCGCCAAGAUAAUGGAAAUACAUGGGGCCCUAAAUGAGGCAAAUGACCGGAUCGAUCUAAAACGAGUGGACGUGCAACCUACCUGUGUCGAGAAACCGAACGCUGCGGAAAGGAAAAGGGCGGAAGUCGAAGCUGCCGAGAUAGCACUAGCCGACCCUGACGAAGAACCGGACUGGGUGGAAAUGAGGCGCAAGAUGAGAGGCUCUUUUGCGGCAUUAAACCUAGCCCGGUGCGACGUCAGCGCCGAACUCCUGGACCACAUCAUGAUUGAGCUGUGCAAGUAUUGGGCAAACGCGCCGGAACUAGAGCACGUGAUCGAUCCGCUGCUAGAGCGGAACAUCAUGCGCGAGGUACAAAAUUUCCGAUACAAACUCUACAACGUGGCCGUCGAGAUCGAACCGGAGCUCGAACAGUUGUGCCCGGAAACGGAGGAACCGGAACCGUGCUGCAUACGAAGACGGUCGUCAUCCCUGCCGACACCACCGCCACGACCGUCACCAGUGGUCUGCAAGAAACCGAAACCUAGAGCAUCGAGCUGUCGCAUUCGCAGACCGGCUACCAACAAGUUGGUCGAGGCCAGGGCUCGGCAAAACGCCGCCAGGGCUCAGGACCGUGAAAACGCGUCCAAGGGUCAAUGUCGCGACCGUAGGUAG